AUGACUUUAUUUUCAAAUUUUCGAUCUUUACUACCUAUCGCUAUCUCGGUUCUUUUUACAAAUGUUGUUUCCGCUCAUGAACAUCAUGAAACGAACGAAACUAAUGACGGUAACGCUGCCUUGGAGCCUAUCGAUGGAAUUCUUUUGGCCCAUAUUGCUUCAAUGUUCUUAGCUUUUGGCAUAAUAUUUCCUACUGGUAUGGUGCUGGGGCUUAGUAAGUCCCGUUGGCAUGUUCCCGUACAGAUAAUCGGUUCUAUUGUCGCCACAAUUGGUUAUUUUCUUGGUCAUGCUCAUGGUGGAAGGCAAUUCUCCAGUAAUAAUAUUCAUACAUUGUUUGCUCCUUAUCUAAUCUAUCUUUUGAUAUGUCAAGUUGGUGUUGGUGUUUAUUUAAAACUACAUUUAACAAUUGGUCCCAACAAAUGGUUUCGGCCUUUAUUCAAAAAAUUUCAUAAAUUUGUUGGUAUAGCUGUACCUGUUACAGGCUACAUACAAAUGGUGUUUGGUGUGAUAACUACUAAUGUAUGGUGCAGGGGUGAACAUUUAGGGCAGUGCCUUGCACAUUUCAUUAUGGGUUCUUCAUUUAUAGGAUAUGGUAUCUUUUUAAUUUUGAUGUUAAGACUUGCCUCCGGAUGGCUACAACGUAAAAGGAAAUCUCAAGAUUAUUAUGACAGUUGGACAAUUAUGGCUUGGGGAUUUGUAAACACUUUCACUGAACAUAGAGGUGAUCAUACAUCGUUAGGAAUAUUGUGGUGGGCUGGGGGUGCUGUCGGUGUUUACCUUUCCAGGAAUGGCAAAAGAAACGUAAUGCCGGCUAUUGUAAUUUUAUUUACCGGUUAUGCUAUGAGUUCACAUGCCCAGCCUUCUGAAAUAUCCACAAAGAUUCAUUCAAUGUUUGGCUACGUGCUCAUGGGUGCUGGUUUAGCAAGACUAGCUGAAAUUUGUAUAUUCUCUGAAAAAACUUUGAUGUUAAUGUUUUCAGGCCUUCUUUUCAUGGGCGCGACUGUCGAACAGAUUGCAUUGCUAACACAACUCGGCAUUGAUCCAUUCUCAUAUGCAUUGGUUCUUGCGAGCACUGCAUUUCUAAUAUUCCUUUUCACAAACUGUCUGAUAGAUUUAUAUUGGAGAUCCGGUCAAAAUGAUGGUGAACCAAUUGACAAUAACAACAUGAUGACUCAUAUCCCGUUACCUUUAACAGAUCCACAUAUUUCAAGUUCAAACUCUGAAGAUGAUCAUGAUGUACUAUUUCAACGUGCUAAAUCUAACGAUGAUGAUUAUGAUUUACAUA